AUGUCUAAUUCCGUAUUGGCUUGGGCAAUUACACUCCUUACCGCCUCAUCAACAGUCGUUUCUGGCCUCAGAUACACCGCGAGCGAAGCCGAUUACAACCUCAACCAGAACAGGUUAGCAACCAACCCAUACGAAUACUCGGGAAAGAGAGAGAACCACACAUUCUCCAAAUCGCCAGAAAACUGGCGGUUCCCCUACUACACAUUAUUCAUCGACCGUUUCGUCAACGGCGACCCCGAGAACGACAAUGCCAACGGCACGCUUUUCGAACAAGAUCCCUUGAGCAACCAGCUUCGCCAUGGCGGAGAUGUGGCCGGGCUCGUCGACGCCUUGGAUUACAUCCAGGGCAUGGGAGUCAAGGCCAUCUACAUCGCCGGUUCCCCCUUCAUCAACCAACCGUGGGGAGCUGAUUCUUACUCGCCACUAGACCUCACCCUUCUUGACAGGCAUUACGGUAAUAUCACGGCAUGGCAAGUGGCCAUCGACGAAAUUCACAAGAGGAACAUGUACGUGGUCAUGGACCAGACCAUGGCGACCAUGGGUGAUUUGAUCGGAUUCGAGGGGUACCUCAACACAUCGACACCGUUCAAGACCGAUGAGCACAAGGUCCAGUGGAAGUCAUCUCGACGAUACCUCGACUUCGACAUUGGCAACGAGUACAACGAAUCCUGCCAGUACCCGGCUUUUUGGUUCGAAGACGGCAAGCCCGUCGCCCAAGAUGUCGUGUCCCAGCUAAAGGGCUGCUACAACAGCGAUUUCGACCAAUACGGUGACAUUGAAGCUUUUGGUGUUUUCCCCGACUGGCAGCGUCAAUUGGCAAAGUUCGCGUCCGUGCAGGACCGUCUUCGUGAAUGGGUUCCUUCGGUCCGCCAGCGUCUCGAGCUCUACUCGUGCAUGACCAUUCAAAUGCUUGACAUCGACGGCUUCCGUAUCGACAAGGCCGUCCAGGUCACCGUCGACGCGCAGGCUGAGUGGAGUACUGCUAUGCGCAAGUGUGCCAAGGACCUCGGCAAGGAUAACUUUAUGAUUGUGGGCGAAAUCACCAGUGGUAACACCCUGGGAUCCAUAUAUCUCGGACGUGGCCGAACCCCGGAGAUGGCUUCAUCGUUGGAGCUCGCGCAAGCCGUGUCCCUCGACCCGACGAGUAGCUCUGCUUCUGGCAGCUUCAUCCGUGAAGCUGGGAAGAGUGCUCUUGAUGCCGGUGCCUUCCACUACUCCAUCUACCGUUUCAUGACCCGCUUCCUCGGAUUGAGCGGUAACCUUGAGGCCGGUUAUGAUCUCCCGACCGAUUGGGUUCAGACCUGGAACCAAAUGAUUCUGACCAACGACUUUUACAACGCCAACACUGGCGAAUUUGACCCUCGUCACCUCUAUGGUGUUACCAACCAGGACGUUUUCCGCUGGCCUGCCAUUGAACUAGGAACGGAGCGCAUGCUUCUCGCCUACUUCAUCACCACCCUGCUUCUCCCCGGCUCCCCUCUUGUUUACUACGGCGAGGAGCAGAGCUUCUACGUCUUGGACAACACGGCCGAGAACUACGUUUUCGGUCGUCAAGCCUUCUCCCCCUCCCCAGCUUGGAUGAUUCACGGAUGCUAUGCGGGCGAUAACUCCGUCUACGUUGGCUGGCCCGUCGCCAAAGGCAAAACGGGCUGCAAGGAUCCAACCGUGGCCUACGACCACCGCGAUCCCUCAGCAUCGAUCCGUAAUUGGAUGAAGCGCCUCUUCGCUUUCCGCGACAAGUACCCCGUCCUCCAGAGCGGCUGGCUUCUCGAGCAGCUGUCGAAAAAGACGCAAGGUAUCCAAUACAAAGGCAGUAGCGUCCCGACCGAGACCGGAAUUUGGAGUGUCGCGCGUGGCUACCUGAGCAACCAGAAAGAGACGGGUGACCCGGUCUGGCUGGUUUACCACAACAGCCCCAAUGAGACGACUUACGAGUUCGACUGCAGCAACGAGGCGGAUGCCUUCCUCUCACCCUUUGACGAAAACUCGAAGGUCAGGAAUCUGUUUGACACCGGCGGCGCCGGCGCCAUCACCCUUGAAAGCUCGACCAAGGACAACGGCUUCAACGGCAACGGCAAAAAGGCCGGCUGCAUCAGCAGCAUCACCAUGACGCCCUUUGAGUUCCGAGCAUAUGUUCCCGACACGGAAUGGAUGGACAUUGCGCCUUCCAUCACCGGUUUCGAGCCUGGCCAUGAUGCUCCCAUCGACUCGACCAAUGCCAACGGCCAGAUUCCCAUCGCCUUGAAGUUUUCGACCGAGAUGGACUGCGACGCGGUCACCAAGGCUGUUUCUGCUCGCGUCACUGUUGAUGCCAACACCGAGACCGCCAUCACUUUCGACACUCCUGUCUGCGGUGCCAUGAAUCCGAUCGAAAAGGACUCUUAUAUCGGCGCCAUCGCCUCUGUCUGGAAGUGGUCCGCCAACCUUCAGAACGUUCCCGACGGCAUCGUCAAGAUUACUGCCAACAACAUCACCGCGCCUGGCGGUACGACGACCAAGGCCAUUGAUCAUUUCCUCAUCCGCUUCGGCAAGCCCUUCAACCCCGUCGUGUUCCCCGCUACUGCCAACUACUCGCGAUCGCUCAUGCAAGAGAGCGGCGGCGUGUACUACAUCAACCACGCCGCUCCUGGUGCCACCAAGUUCCGCUACAGCACCAACUGGGGUUCCAGCUGGAGCAACUGGCAGUCGUACACCGGUGCCAGGCAGCGCAUGGUUCCGCAGUCGUGGGACGGAACCGACCUCCAGAAGUGGAAGGGCGAGCAUCUAAUGGUUCAGUACUUCAGCAAGCCUCUCGGUUCGUCUUCCUUUGUCCAGCACUCCGAUAGCAGUGAUAUCCCCUUCUCCCGCCAGUGGCCUCACAUCUUCCUCCACGGGCCCUUUAACAAAUGGGGUUACGAUGCCGGUCUGCCAAACUUGAUGACCCAGGUUGGCAACAACCUCUGGGAGCUGCAUUUUAUGUACGAAUGGCCCGCACAGAUCCAGUUGAACAUCUGGGGCAUCAACGCAGACAACCAACCUGACGCCUCCUUCAUCUACGGCGACCCCAACGGCGACGGUGUCCUUGACCGUCUGCCCCCAAGCAGUUUGUCCGACAACGUUGUCAACUUGACCUCGCCACCCCCGAUGCCUGCGCUUUCCUACAAGCUCGUCUUCAACGACGCCAACUUGAACUACGUCGCUGUUCCCGAGGGCAACAUGUGGAUUCAGAUCAUCUUCUUCUUCCUCCUCGGCCUCAUGCCCAUCGUCCUCGCGGGAUUGGCCGGCUGGAUCUACAUGAAGGGUUUCUACCAGGUGAAGAUCAACAAGUCAGGAUUCUCCAAGAAGGGUUGGUUACCACUCAAGCUCGGGAAUGAGUCCAACAUUAACUUCGGCGAAAAAGGCAAAAGUCUCGAGAUGUCCCAAAUUCCUCCAUCCCCUCUCUCGCCCGCUCCCGCUGCGGCUGCUGGUGGCGCCGCCCGGAGGAAGGUCCUCAUCGCCACCAUGGAGUACAACAUCGACGACUGGAAGAUCAGCAUCAAGAUCGGUGGUCUUGGUGUCAUGGCCAAGCUCAUGAGCCAGGCCCUCUCCCACGUCGAUCUCAUCUGGGUUGUCCCCUGUGUCGGCGACGUCGACUACCCCCUGGAGAACGAGGCCGAGCCGAUGUUUGUCGAAGUCAUGGGCGAUUCCUUCGAGGUCAAGGUCUACUACCACCAGUCCAAGAACAUCACGUACGUCAUCCUCGAUGCUCCCAUCUUCCGUCAGCAAACCAAGGCCGAUCCCUAUAUCGCUCGCAUGGAUGAUCUUGAGAGUGCCAUCCUAUACUGUGCCUGGAACAGCUGUAUUGCCGAGUCGAUCCGCCGCUUUAACGUCGACAUCUACCACAUCAACGACUACCACGGCGCCGCCGCACCCCUCUACCUCCUCCCGCAAACCAUCCCCGUCUGCCUGUCCCUGCACAAUGCCGAGUUCCAAGGCAUGUGGCCCAUGAGAACCGAGGAAGAGCAAAAGGAAGUCUACAGCGUCUUCAACCUGCCGCCCAAGGUCGUCAAGGACUACGUCCAGUACGGUUCGGCCUUCAACCUCCUGCACGCUGCCGCCAGCUACCUCCGCAUCCACCAGCGCGGUUUCGGUGCCGUUGGUGUGUCCAAGAAGUACGGUGAUCGUUCCCUGGCCCGUUACCCCAUCUUCUGGAGUUUGAAGAACAUUGGUCAGCUGCCCAACCCCGAUCCCUCUGAUACUGGCGAAUGGAAUCCCGAAGAGGACAUCUCCAGCGCCCAGGACGAGAUCAAGAUUGAUGAAACGUUUGAGGCCAACCGAGCCACUCUCCGGAGACAGGCUCAGGAGUGGGCCGGUCUUGAAGUCAACCCGAACGCCGAUCUCUUCGUCUUUGUCGGUAGAUGGAGUUUGCAAAAGGGUGUGGACUUGAUCGCCGAUCUUUUCCCCAGCAUUCUCGAGAAGUACCCCUCUGUCCAGCUUAUCGCCGUCGGCCCCGUCAUCGACUUGUACGGCAAGUUCGCCGCCCUGAAGCUCAACAAGCUCAUGGAGAAGUACCCUGGCCGUGUCUUCAGCAAGCCCGAGUUCACCCAGCUGCCUCCCUACAUCUUCAGCGGUGCCGAGUUUGCCCUCAUUCCUUCUCGUGACGAGCCCUUCGGUCUGGUCGCCGUCGAGUUCGGUCGUAAGGGUGCUUUGGGUGUUGGUGCCCGUGUCGGUGGUCUCGGUCAGAUGCCUGGUUUCUGGUACACCGUCGAGUCCAUGAGUCCCACUCAUUUGCUCCAUCAGUUCAAGCAGGCCAUUGCCUCUGCUCUCAGCUGCAAGCCCAGAAAGCGAGCCCUCAUGCGCGCUUGGAGUGCCAAGCAGCGUUUCCCCGUCGCGCAGUGGAUCAGGCAACUCGACACGCUCUACAACGAGUCGAUCAAGAUCCACAACAAGGAGGCUGCCAAGCAGAAGAAGGCCGGCGGCAUCCGCAACCUGACCGACUCCUCGUUGAGGUCAAGCAUGGCCGUCAGCGAGUAUGGCUCGGAACUCACACCUGCUGGCUCAAGAGCCCCAUCACCUCUGCCCCCUCCGAGCCGGAUUGCCAGCCCGGCGGGCCGCAUCAACUCGCCUGAUCUGGGCACACCCAACAUGCCGUGGAGCACCAUACCCUCUUCGCGCCGCGGCUCCUUCUCGAGCUCCAUCAAUGGCCGCGACAGCAUGCUCGCACCCCGCGAAAGCAUGUUCGCCACCGGUCGUGAGAGCAUGGUCAGCGUGGACAGCUUUGCCAUGCGCGCCCAGCACGACGCUUCAUCUCCCCAGACCCCCGGCCUCGAUGGCCUUGGCCUGCCCCAGCCGAGCUUCUACAAGCAGCAGCGCAACAGCUCCCAGCUGUCGUUGCCGGAUGUCGUUGGUGACCGCCACGACCUGAAGCUGCAAAACGUGGACCAGAACUUCACCGAUAAGAAUGGCGAAUUUUAUGCCGAGUUCGAGCAGAUGCUCAACAGUCUGACGGCCAAGAACUCGGGCACUGACCUCUGCAUCGAGAAUUUCCUCAAGAAGAGUGAGAAGAAGUGGUUCGCCAGAUACCGUGACGCCAAGCUUGGCCGAAGCGACCACAGCCGCUCGAGGAGUCCCGCGCCCAGCCGCCCGGGCUCAAGCAAGGGUCUCGGUGCCACCUUUGACGGAGACCGUGGUCGCAGCCGCACACCAAGCGGCCUCACCGCUGGCUCCCACUACGAUGACAGCCCCGUCGACGACGAAUUCCUUUUGGGUGACAACUACAACGCGCCCACUGGUCUCAAGAAAUUCCUGUCCAUCCGCAUCGGUGACUGGCCCGUCUACGCCUUCUUCCUCUCUUUUAUGCAAGUCAUCUCCAUCAACUCGUACCAGAUCGUCCUCCUCACGGGCGAGACCAACCAAACUCCUAGCAAGCUGUACAUUGUUGCCGCGACCUACCUCAUCACGUCCAUCUUGUGGUGGGUCAUGCUCCGCUUGACCAAGUCCGUCUACGCCCUGUCGCUCCCUUGGGUCUUCUUCGGCACGGCCUUCUUCCUGCUUGGUGUGUCGCCUUACCUCGAGCCCUGGCAGAGCCGCGCUGCCAUGCAAGAUACCGCCACCGCUCUCUACUCGGCCGGCGCCAGUGCCGGUGCUCUGUCUUUCGCGCUCAACUUUGGUGACGAAGGUGGCGCCCCGACGAAGCAAUGGAUUACUCGCGCUCUCUCUGUUGCCGGUGUUGCUCAGGUGUACUCUCUGAUGCUCUGGUACUGGGGGUCUCUUACGCACACCCCGGAGACGUCCCCCAUGGCCUUCUUUGACGGCACCAGCAUCCCCAAGGCUUUGGCUAUCUGCGUUCCCAUCGCCAUCUUGCUUUGGGCCAUCGGUGCAAUCCUCUUCUUGGGUCUCCCCGACUACUACCGCCAGGCACCAGACAACAUUCCCGGCUUCUAUAUUUCGCUCGUCCGCCGCAAGCUUGUCCCGGUCUUCUUCAUCAUGAUCAUCAUCCAGAACUACUGGCUCUCGGCUCCCUACGGUCGCAACUGGCAGUUCCUCUUUGCGUCGCAGUUCAUCCCUGGGUGGGGCGUCGUCUUGCUCGCCCUCGGCUUCUUCGUUAUCCUCUGGUCCAUCAUCCUCUACGUCUUCUCCUUCUUCUCCGAGAGCCACACCUGGCUUCUUCCAAUCUUCGCCAUCGGCCUGUGCGCUCCUCGCUGGGCGCAGAUGCUCUGGGGUACCAGCAGCAUGGGCAUGUACCUCCCCUGGGCUGGCGGCCCUGUUGGUUCGGCCAUUCUUUCCCGCUGCCUCUGGCUCUGGCUCGGCCUCCUGGACAACAUCCAGGGUGUCGGCUUCGGUAUGAUGCUGCUUGCUACGCUGACGCGCCAGCACGUUUUGGCUGUCCUCAUCGGAGCGCAGGUUAUCGGCAGUGCCUUCACGAUGCUAGCGCGCGCGACGAGCCCCAACGCCCUGUCGCCCAACACGACCUUCCCCGACUUCUCCCAGGGACUGAUGCCCGGGAUUUCAAGUUGGUGGUUCUGGAUCUGCCUGGGCUUCCAGCUGGUGAUCCCCAUCUUGUUCUUCAAGUUCUUCAGAAAGGAGCAGGUGUCAAAGCCGUAA